UUAUACGCAAGCGAUUCUCGGAACGCUCUUAGGAUUACGAUUGAGUUACAGGUGGGAAAAAGUAACUAAGUUAAGUUACAGUUUCGUUACAAAUAACGAGUUACUUCCCAAUCCUGCAAAAUGGAUAGCAUUCCUUUUAUAUUUGACUUUGAAAUAGAUAUCUAUGUACCAUUAAUAAAUGCUACGAAUCAAAAGUCUAUACAAAAAUAAGCAAGAAACAUAUGUUUCUGUUUAAUAAAAUAUGUAAGUAUCAUAUUUAUCAAUGUAAUUUAACACUAUGUAAUUAUUGUUUAAUAUGACUCUGUCAAUUAUACUAACAGUAGAUAAUUUUGUCAAAGUACCCAAUGUAGUGGCUGAAGUUAGAAAUGCAUAUAACCUCGAUCUUAACAACAGCACUUUGGCCUGUGCCACACAAUCCGUAAUACAAGCAUUUGAUCCUAUUCAUCAUAGCAUCCUUUGUAAUAAAGAUCGACCAGUACAACCAGUACCUGAUGCCAAACAUUUUUUAUUGGUUGAAAAGAUUUCAUGGCAAACUUUCAAAGUUACUGACUCUACAAAUGUUCGAGAAAUAUAUAAAUUACAGCAUCCUCCAGUAAACUGACUAGGAGAAUAUAUGACCUUUUGCUUUAAGGGGUAGGUUUUUAGUCCACUCU